CCUUCCGAGGUGGGUAAAAUGAGGACCCAGAUUGUUGGAAGGGCAAGAGGCUGACUCUGUAAACCGCUUAGAGAGGUCUGGAAAGCACCGUGAAGUGGCGUAUAAGUCUAAGAGCUUUUUGCUAUUGUCCCAUCCAAAUUUCCCCCACAGCCAAUCUUGCUUAGCUUGCAAAACUUAAUCUAGGCUACUUGCCGGCUGAGACCAACUGAUGCUAAAUAUUUUAUAAGGCUUUUUCAUUAAGUCUUUGCAAGAUCAAGAGAAGUCAAAAGACAGACUGCUGAAAAAGUCCCGGCAUUGCACAACCUCAGCAAAGCAUCCUAGAGACUCAAAAGACCUUCCACGGAGUUUUAAGAUGCAGCUAACGUCAAAUUGGGUGACCAAUGACUUGCCCGGCACACGGGAAGGGACUAUAAGUAUCCACAGCGGAGGGUGUGAGCAUCAGUCAGAUCUCCGGGACGAAGGAGGAGGACUUAAGAAUCCAUCGGAGAUUCCGCAGAGAUAGCGGGGUUGAAGACCACAUCAUGGUGUACGAAAGAUCUCUCUUGGUCUUCCUCUGCAUCGUUUUUUCUAUCGGCGUGCAACUGACAAGAACUCAGCACUGGUCCCACGGCUGGUAUCCUGGAGGGAAGCGAGACGUUGCGUUCCCUGGAAACCUUGAGGACUCUGAAGAAGGCAAACUUUGUGAUGGAGGAGGCUGCCCAUAUCCAGAAGUCCCAAGCGAUAAAGUGAUGAAGCACUUACUGGCUGGCAUCCUGACUGGACAAUUUCAGAAAAAGAAAUGAAGGGGAAAAAAAAAGGAAAAGAAAAAAAGAACCCCUUUCUUGAGGAAGACGGGCAGCCUAGAAACAUGAAAUAUAUAUAUAUAUAAAUGAAAUAUAAAUAAACAAACAAAUAAUGGUUUGUGUGC